CUUAAAUUUCAAAACAAAUUUACACUUCAUGCCAUGUAGUAUUACUGACCAUUACAUUUUUUUUUAUUAUCUGUUCCUCCUCUUCCUCUCCAACUUUUUGAUCUCCAGUGUUGGGUUUUCCAACAUUUUCUCCUUCAGUAUCCAGGAUGCUACUCUCAUGGACUGUGAUAAAACAAAGCCUGGAAGACACUGGGUCUCUGGUUGUGGAUGUUUUCACCACUGGUGAACGGGAUGGCUUCAAGAAAACCACCAUCCUCCUCCUCACUUGUUGCUUUUCCAGCUCCCUCCUCAGCUCCCUGCUCUUCCUAUACCUCCUCUACACUCUGGACUAUGAGACAGCGGUGGCUGGAGGGAUUGCCGGCUGCUUUGGGACUCUUCUGACAGUUGCCCUAUUCUUGUCGAAGAGAGUACGAUGCUUUGGGACCCUAUUUGUUAUCUCGAUUUUCAUGAAGAAGAGCCGGAAUCUGCUCCUGACGACAGGAACCAGUUUGGUGGUUCUUCGAAAUAUCCGCAACACUAUGGAGAACCUCACAGGCCUGAUCAAGAGCAUGAUUUGCAACCUGAAGGCCAAGAAAGCAUCGAUUACUGCUCCUUUCAGUAACUAUGUUAAAAUGUUGAAAUGGCUGGGUAACAUACUCAAAGAGGUUGUUACAGACCUGGGGGUGUUAAAACUUGACUCCAAGCUCAAGGUCUCACCAAAAGUGGAAUCAGAAGAAUUUAAGGAGAGACUCAAUGAAGCAGAGCAAAAACUGAAUGAAACUGUAAGGUACGCACAGGCCAUUAUGAACACAGUGUCUUCUGUGACUGACCGGAUGUUUCCUGCCAUCACCUUCCUCAUACUCAUGAUGUUUAUAGCCUUGCACAUUAAAAGAUACUGCAAUGACUUGAAACACCAAAAUCGAUUCAUCAGCAGCAAGUUCAUUCAGUUUGACGAGAGGCAGAAGGCUGAAGGAAAGCCGCAUGUCCUUCCUCUCACAACCAAGGAGGAGAGGCUUUACACUUCUCUCCCAUCCUUCCUUCCCAGUGCACGAGAGGGGAAAGCUGUGCUGAAAUUUGGUAUUCCAGUUGUCUCCCAUUUCGUAACUUGGGUCAUAUUUAUAACUGUGGAUGCCUUACUGUACUGUUUUGUUGAUAUCGUAACGACAAAAUUAUCAGAGAUGGAACCAUUCCAUGUCCCCCUGCUAAUGAGCAUCAAAGGGAUUUCAACCUUAGUUGGUAUACCGCUUGGUGAGGAAAGCCAUAAAGAAGACUUUUCCUACUCUGUGACCCUUUUUGAGGAGAAAUGUCUUCCAAAACCGAAGCUGCUGCUCUAUAACUCUGUAGUUCCACUGGCUGCCAUCCUGCUCACUUUGUUCAUUAUGGCCCUGGUGGCUGCCAAAGUGUCCCAGCUCAGGCUGAUGGUGUGUGAGCGAUUCUUCACCGACGCUGCAGAGCAGAGGGUGGAGUACCUGCAUGCCAAAAUCCUGAGGAAGAGAUUAAAAACGUGGAAGGAGAAAGCCGAUAAUAGCCUCCUUACAUCACUAAUCAUUAAGGUAUGCAUUACAGUAAUUGCUAUAGUGAAUGAUGAGUGCAUUAUGGUUUUAAAACACUGAAACUUUGUCUUUAAUCAAUACUUUUUCUUGUCUUCUCUCAUCAGCCACAUUUCUGGUGCCCACUACUCUUCACAUCUAAAGAGGAUCGACAGAGUAUCGUAUGAGGAAAUUAUUCUAAAUGCUGCUUUUAGCUACCCAAGCAGCCAGACUGAAAUACCUCAACAACUAUUGGAUGGAGACAUUAAUGGUCCCCAGUGGAUGAACCCUACUAUCUUUGUUGAUCCUCUGACUUUCCCUCUGGUGUCACCAUGAGGUUGAAAGUUGUGGUUUACAGUGAAAUAUCUCAUCAACUAUGGGAUGGAUUGCCAUAAAAACUGGUGCAAGAGGAUAAACACUAAUGACUUUAGUGAUCCCUGAUUAUUCC